CCACUCCCUUCCGAUCCGGAUCCCAACUUUCCCUUCAAAAGCCACUUUGAGAAGACGCAUAUCGUACCGAAUCCCAAGAAGGCGUUGCAGCACAUCGUAAGUGGAGAAAAGCGCAAGCAUCGGUUACAGCGUAAGGCCGACGCGGAACUUGAACGCAUCCUAAGGGGUGGCAGUGGUUCGACUGCUGCCGACCAAAAGAAACAGCCCACAGGAGGGGCGGUAAAGGAAACCACAAAACCACCCGAAAAACAACCGGGCUACAUUUCCGACUGGGAGGAAUUCCAAGCACGUGUUGAGGCCACCGUUCAGGACAGCACAUCAAAGCUCCAGACCCUAAAGCUAGAGGAACUACAACAGGACUCGUCCUCGGCGGAGGAGAAUUGGGCCACUUUAAAAGCGGACUUUGACACAGAGGAGGAACGCCGUAAGGAAAAGGAGUCGCGCGAGGAAGCCCUCGUUAGCAUUUUAGACGCUAACCAGGCUGAGGAAGACAAAUUUUCUGAAAAGUUAACUCAAGUAAAGGAGUCUACUAAUUCGGUGCCGUGUGCUCUUGUUGAAGAACUCAAUAAAUCAGACUUCUGGGGCCAGUCCACGGCAGCUGAUUCCAGUGAGAACUGGGCCAACUUUGGCGAAGGUUCUCUUCAGUUUGACAACAUAAACGAACCAAGGGAAAGCUCGCUCGCAGUCGUUUCUGACUCCGAGCCCGAGCCCAAGGAAAGCUCACUUGCAGUUGUUUCUGAUUCCGAUCCCGAGGUUGACAUCCACACGUCUCUCGAAAACCUCAAUUUUGACUUUACCGAACCACCAAUUCAGGCACCCACAGAAAGAGACCAGUUUGGCUAUAAUCAGGACGAGGCCCUAGAAGAAAACUCCUUUCAAGUCAGCAAUAAAAUGGACUCUUUCUCUGCAGAAGGUUCGCUGAUUUCUGGUUCAAAACAGUUGAUUGACGGGUUGGCAUCUGAAGAAUCUCCACAGUUUCACACGAAUUCUUCCAAGGAAUCGAUUUCUCCCAGUUGUAGUGUUGAAGACUUUGUAGAUGAAGUGCUUCAGGAAGCUAAAAGCUGUCAAGCUGUCCCCAAUGAACUUGUUGGGGACCUGGUAACGGAAUCAGGAGUGGACGAGGUCCUUGACAGUAGCUGUUAUGAGGGUAUCAUAAGCGCUAACAAAGAUCAAGAUGGCGUAGAUUCGCAGAAAUUAGAUGAGGAGGUUGUAGUUCGCGAGGUGGAGGAACAAGAGGAGGAGGAGGAGCAAACCGAUCCAUUCAAUCCCUUCCAGACCAUAUAUCCAGCCUCAGAGAAAGCCUCUUCCGGGGAGGAGGAUGAAGGAGAAGACGAGGAAUCUACAAAGCCUGGUUUUCCACAAGUGGAGAUCAAACCUGAGAAUAAAGAAGGGAAUGGAACUGAAAAGACCAAGUGCACAGUACCUCUCCUUCCAGCCCCCCCAAGACCAGCGACUCCGGCCUACCUACAGGAAGAAAAUAAAAGCAGUCCCGACGAGUUCAACCUGCCAGCUAGUAGUGACAAGGGUCUAGAGGGGUUCGCACUGAAGGGUGUAACCCCGAGCGGUUGGGAGACCUUUUCUGAAACAGCAGCUUCGUCACAAACCCAGAAGCCGGUUGAACUCACUGAA